AUGUCAUUUACCCGUGUUGCCGCCUGUCACGUAUCAUCUCGCUUCCUCUCAGCGAAAGAAACAACCACCAAAACGAUCUUUCUGAUCCACCAAGCAAGCAGACGCAAAGCAAACAUCGUGGUGUUUCCAGAAUCAUACAUUGCCGCAUUCCCAAUAUGGAGCGCCUUACGUCCCCCAGCCGAGAACCACACUUUCUUUAAGCGCAUGGUUCAAGAGUCCAUAUACGCCGACGGCCAAGAAAUCCAAGCUAUCCGGGAUACAGCCCGAGAGACAAAAACUGUCAUCAGUAUCGGAAUAUCAGAAAAGUCUCAUAGCAGCACAGCAUGCCUGUACAAUUCAAACUUGCUCAUCAACAAUGAUGGAGAGGUACUCGUCCAUCACCGGAAACUGAUGCCGACAUUCUUCGAGAAAUUAGUUUGGAGCUCUGGCGAUGGACAUGGACUUCGAGUUGCUGAAACAACAUAUGGCAAUGUCGGCGCGCUGAUCUGCGGCGAGAAUACAAAUCCACUGGCGCGAUAUUAA